ACAUCAAAACAGCAAUCAUCAUCCUCCUCGAGAGAAGCAUUGUUGCUGUUGUUACCCCUUGUUUUAUGGUCCAACGCUUACAGUAUGUCAUGAAAAUAACAGUUUGUCCACGGGUUUUUUCAUUGCAAACUCCAAAAUGAGCCAGCUGAAGUCAUUAGCUGUGGUAGAUAGACUUGAAGUUGACACGAGUCAUGGAGAAUGUGAAAUACAGCUUUGUUUUGGGAGUGUUACAAAGCUUGAGAAGAAAGAGAAGGUCGAUGUUUUGAUGGUUUCUGCAUUUCCAGAUAUCUAUGCACCAAAUCCUGCUUCCGUAAUUGGUGCACUCUACACUGAUUUGGGUAUAAGUGUUGAGGACCUUGCAAAGGAUAAAGAAGAGGACUUAAGACGCUUGCUUUCUUGUUGGUGGUCCAAGCCUUUGCCAGAUGAUUGCAGUUUUGGAAGAAUCCUAUGCUUUGAAGGUUGUUUCAAAAGACAAGUGCGGUCUCCUGUAAUUGUAAAGGAUGCCUUUAAAGCCUUGGUAUCUAUUUGCAAGAAUAAUGACAUCAAAGUCAUGACGCCACUACUCACUUCAUCAAAUAAGGAUUAUUCACAUGAGACUAUGUUACGUCUGAUGGUGGAAGCUGCAAUACACUGGAUGCAAGUCGGUUUGCCCCUCAAGAUACUAAAGAUUGUUAUUUUGGCUCGAUAUGAAAGUGAAAUUUCUCAGCACCCUCUUCUUAGUUAUUUCAGAGAUUUAAAAAUGCAGUGGAGUAGGAUAUUUAUGCAAGAGAAAGCAGAGCCAAAGGAGCAUCCUAUAAACUAUGAUGUGUAUCUAUCAUAUAGUCCCAAGGAUCAAGAUGUUGCUGAUCUUGUUCAACAAAAACUUUUGCAAAAUCACUCAAGCAUAAAGAUAUUCUCCCAACAACAACAUGUGAAUGAAGAUGUUUCCUGGCAAGAUGAAGUUUAUGAUGUAAUGGCUGCUUGUGCUCGUGUUAUCGCAUUAUUAACCCGCAAUUACGUCACUGAUUCAAAUUGCUUGGAGCAAUACAACAUAGCCCUCUGCUGCACCAGAAGCAUGGAAAGGGAUUACCUCGCUCCUUUUUACGUUGACACAAUCGAUAAUUUACCGACGUAUAUGAGUCUUAUUCAAUAUAUUGACUGCAGCCCAUCAGACGAUGCAAAAAUUUCCAUGGCAUGCAUGGCGGUAAUCAACUGGCUACAGACUCAUAAAUUUGAAAUCCAACACUUAGUAUCAGAGACACAAUCAGCUUUGACGAUAGGAUCGACAAAUGAUUGCCCCAAUUAUGAUAUCUUCAUAUCAUAUUCUCACGCGAACACUGAUGCUGCUCAAAGAAUAAAGGACCAGCUUUUGUCUCUUCACCCAACUUGGAAUAUAUUUAUCGACGUCGCAGAGCUCAAAAGUGGUACAGCUUGGCAAGCGAAACUUUAUAAAAGCAUUGAGUCUUCUCGUACCGUCAUCGUUCUAAUUUCGCAAACAUAUGUCAAGUCAAAAGUGUGCCAAGAGGAGUAUAACCUUGCAUCUGCGAUGCAUUCCGAUUUCUCCUAUAACACUAAACUUCUUCCUUUGCUCGUUGAAACGGUUGCUGAUUUGCCCUCAUGGUGCAGAGAACAUACACCUAUUGACUGCCGGGAUAUUUCUGAUCGAUCACUGGCACAGUUGAUUAAGCGAGUGGACGCUUUUCGACAAUACGGCCAACUUGACAAGCCAAAAGUAACUUCUAUAGAAGAUGUUACUUCUAAUUGGAGAACCUAUCAUUACCAAUCUGGCUUGAAAUAUCUUAAAGGACUGGAAUUUCAGGAUAUGAUUGAUUUCAAAACAACACAGAUACUUCCUGGGAGUGGAUCAAACAGCAUUGCAUUAUCCUACCAUUCUGCUGAAAAUGACCUUGCUCAAUUUCUGUCCGAUCGACUCCGAUAUUUUCUACCAAAUGUCAAGAUAUCGCAUCCUGAGCCAGCAAAGGUUCGCAGCUCUGUGCUAGACGAAGCAUCUAUCAUUGUACCCCUGUUAUCCCAUGCUUAUACAAAAUCAGCCGAGCUUUCAGAAGAACUUAACAUCGCCCUGUGCCGACAACGCUCGUGUAGCUCCUGGCUUUUCUUUCCCAUCUACACAGAGAAACUUCCAUCGAAGCCAGCUUACUUUCGGUUACUUUUGUCUCUGUUUUCAUGCACUGACGAAUUAUGGGAAAGCAAUGCAUCUGAUGCAGGCUGGUCUACGAAACAGAAAUGCCUAGAUGCUGCCGCACGCCUUAUUUCUUAUGUUCUAGUAAACGGGUCAAAUUUUACCGGUUCAUUCAAGACGCUUCUCAGCACGGAAGAGAUUUCUGAAUGUACACUGCAGCUGCGUGCAAAAAUAAAAAUUGACGCUACAUCUGGCAACAAUCCAUUUUAUUUUUAGAUCUACAUCAACUAAAUUUAACAGGAGUCCAAAAAAGUUGUCAACUUUAAAACUUUCUUCGUUUUUAAUGGGUUUUUAAAAAGGGCGUGGUCUGGGAGCACUGAUAGACUGGGAGUAUUCAACUUGUCUUGAUCUUCUCUCCUUGCAACUCUGCUUUUCCAAAACGUUUUAAGAAAUUGUUGCUUGUUUCUUGAGACAUGUAAAGUUACAUGCUUUUAUCAAUUAACAGUACAAUUUAACUUUAUCAAUUAUUAAAAGUUAAUGCCUUAGUUUUGCAGUGUAAAACAGGUCUGCAAACACAUUCAU